AUUUUCUUUCCUGCCCGUAUUGAAAUGAGGUAAUCGGCCACCGAAAGGAUAUGGUUACAGCAAUGGCGAUGGAUUCCGACGACGAUGAUGAUCUGACCGUUGAUUGGGGCAAUCUGGAAACGAUCACACAGUUUGAUUCAGCGAGUGCCACGUCCAAUCUACUCUCGAGUAUAACGCGUACAACGGCCGAGAUGCACGAUGCUGGCCGUUCUUUACAGUCCCGUAUCACGACAAAAGCGACCGCUCCGGUUAGCUUACUGGUCGAGAGCCUAUUGCAGCAGCUGUGCACCAUGCUGGAACCGAACGUGGAACGGUCUCGUGACCUUUACCAAAGUAUCUGCGAAAGACUGCACGCCGUAAAUCUGAUUGACGAAACGUACGCUAUGGGAGAAUUCGAAAUGAUGCGUAGUCAGUACCAGAAAGCCCUGUACCACUUGGUCAGUAUCGCACGUGGCCAGGAUCUGCCGGUGGUGCUGCAGGACUAUUGGCCCCUGCAUCAGCCACUCGGUCUCGAGUGGUCCCGUUAUCAUCGCGAGUUUGAAGAAGUGUCGUUCCUGGCGAGCGGCGGCUUCGGGAAGGUGUUCCGUGCCCGGAACAAGCUCGACGGUACCGUGUACGCCGUGAAGAAGGUAACAAUCCGUUCGACCACCAUCAAGAACGUGUUGGUGCAUCUCGCGGAGGUGAAAACGUUGGCCAGUCUCAAUCACAUCAACAUCGUGCCGUACAAGGCGGCCUGGCUGGAACCGCUUCUGUCGCCCGGUAAAAGCUCCAACAGCACGAACGAUUCCUCCGCGAUGGACGAUGGAGAGGAAGAGGAGGAAGAAGAAGAGGACGAUGACGAUGACGAACAGAACGGAGUGGCCAGUUUGUACUACAGCCGAACGAAGCUAGAAAUUAGUGACUCUCUGAGGCGUCCGGAGCACGAUUCGGAGGAAUUUGUGCUCUUCGAAGGCAGCAGUGGUGGUCCGCCGGUCAGUGGUGGCGAUGAGAAUCGCAAUCAGGUGGUCGAACUCGAAGAUGCACCGCGGGGUGUGAUCAGCAUCGAGGACGCACAACCGCACCUCAACCUCAAGUGGGCCACACUCUACAUUCAGAUGACACUGUGCCAUCUGACGCUACGUGAAUGGCUCGAUGAGCGCAAUGCGACCGAAGAUUUCGACCAAUUCUAUGUCAAGUUCCAACAGCAACGGUUCUGCGACGAGCAAGGCGUAAGUACGGUCACCAGGAACGCGUUUUGUCGCCAAAGCUCACAGCUCGCCGGGGAGAUCGAUCCGAGAACAUCCGACGAGUGUUUGCUGGCGGAUCCGGAUGCGGCAUCCCGCGAUGGUUCCCAAACCGAAGGUCCCGUGCACCAUCUCGAUGUGGUGCUGGAUGUUUUCCAGCAGCUACUGAACGGACUGAACUACAUUCACUCCCGGGGCAUCGUGCACCAUGACAUCAAACCGAGUAACAUCUUCGUGAGUCGAUCGGACCACGAUUCGGCCAUCACCAUCCAGCUGGGUGACUUUGGGUUAGCGUGCCCACUGCAAAGCUCACACGCCGGCGUGGGCUUCGGGACACCGCUUUACGCGGCGCCCGAGCAACUCGAGGGCAAGUGUGACCCCAAGUCGGACAUUUACUCGCUCGGUAUCAUACUGCUCGAACUGCUCGUUCCGUUCUCCACCGAUAUGGAGCGCGCCGAUAUGAUCAAGCAAGUCCGCCGGGGCCAGUAUCCACCAGAUUUGGACCGCGAUUUUACGGCACUGCUUAAGAAUUUGCUGCAACAGCGACCGUCUCGUCGUCCGGGAAUGCUCGAUCUUGUGGAAGCCGUCAACCGGAUACGGAUCAAUCGCGAUAAAGUGAUAGCGGAACUGCGCCAAAGUCUUUCGUUGCGGGACGAUGAAAUUAUUAGCCUGCGGACCCAGAUCGACGAGCAGCAGCGUGUUCAGCUCGAGUCGGACGAGGAACGGUUGGUGCAGGAAAGGCGAACCUCGCGCACACUGGUCGUCAAGGAGCAGGAACUGAUCUACAUGAGUUUAAAGAUCAAAAACAAGGAAAUCGAACUGCGCAGCAAGGAGAUGGAACUGCGCACGAAGGACGAGGAGAUUUGCAAGCUAAAGGAAAUGUUGCGGACGUACCAGAAAAAAAAGGAAGGCCAAAGUGGUGACGCAAAUGGCCAGGAAACCAACGGUGCCGCACGUUAAUGAGCGGUGGCGGUAGAGUGAAAGACUUAAUUAAUUAGGAUUAAGGACCUUUUCUUUGUGUUCGCCAAUUUGAGUUUUUGACACUGUUUUGUAAUAUUCUACGUAAUAAAAGCCAAUGG